CUCACUAAAUUGCCUAAGGUGACCUCAAACUUGCGAUCCUCCUGCCUCAGCUCCACCCCCAAGAUUUCUGGGAUUUUAGGCAUAUGCUACCAUGCCCCACUUGCCUGAUUAUCAUUUUUAGAGGACUCCUCAAGCCCAUGGUCCUGAGGGCAGUGGCUUGUCCUGCCCUGGCCCUGAGGGGAAACAGGACCAUCUUCUCACCAUCAAAGGUUGUGGCGAAUUGCUUCUCAAAUUGCUUCUCGCCCUUUGGCUAAGAUCAAGUGUAAAGGUUGUGACAACUCCAGUCCCACCUCGCCCUUCUGGAGACCCCUGGACCCCAUAGCCCCUGGACCUCAGGAGCUUGCAGAAGUCUUGGGCCCCUACACCCUUUGCAUAGUGGAGACUGGCAGAAACAAGCCUGAGAUGGAGCUGUGGGACCUUCUCUCUCCUGCUGGCCCCUCCCUUCCCUCAGAGACAGGCCCUGGGUCCCAGCCCACAAGUUUCCCUUCCCCCAGGGACUGUGGCCAGACUGGAGGGACAGUCUCUGCUCUUCUGGAUCCAGAUUAUUCACUGUGAAAGAGCGGAGUGGCAAGCUCCCUGCCUUCUGUGUCUUGUCUCCGUCUCCUUCAAUUGGGUGAAUAAUGGUCCUUGCUGGCUGGCAUAGCAUGUAAAUGUCAGAUGUACCAUGAGACCAGGGCUGGUGCCCAUCCCAGUGCCUGAGCAUCAGAAAUCCCGUUUUUUUUGCAUCAACAAUGUCUGCUCAGCUCCUCUGUGAGAUCAAAACCCAGGGUCCCCUGAUCCAUCCUUGGGUCCUCUACUUGCCAGGGUCCUGCCUGUCCCCACUGCCUGAUGGGCACUCCCUGGGGCCUCAGCCAGGCCAGAUUUGCGGCCUCCCUGCUGCUGGGAGCAUUGCCUUCUGCUGUUGCCAGGAGCAGCUGCUGGAAUCUUCUGUCCUCAAAGAGCUCCCCUCCCCACCAGGCCGUCCGUGGUCCUGUUUCUCAGUUUACAUUUUUGUGGGCUCUGCAGAGUCCCUGAUGAAAGGUAGGAGGGACAGGCAUGUCUGCCUUGGCCCUGGUCAGUGGCAGUUAGAGGUGAGAGCCAGAGAGAAAGGCCAGGAGAGUGGGCAGGGCAACAAAUAUUUGUAGAUGUCUUAGUAAAAUAACUGUAACUGACCUUUCCUGAGCCUUCUGUGAGCACAGUGCCAAGUGCUUUGUGUAGCAUUACGCCGUGGGAUCCCCAGCAGAACUAGGGACCAGGAAACAGAGGCAGAGAGAGCGAGGCUUUGCCCAGGAUCUCAUCAGAGCUGGAAUCCCAGGCUGCUGGCACUCUGAGACCUGCAGGGCUUCGUUCACUUCAGCUCCACCUCUUGGGGCCAGGGCCUGUCCUGUGCUGAGCCAAUUGCCCAGCCUUGCCAGGUCAGAGCGCAAGGUCUUUGGGUUCGGCCCGGCCCCCAAGCUCAGAGCGGGAACAGCCUAAGGCUCCAAACCUGCUCUUGGACACUUCUGAACAGGCCUCCAGAAGCCACCUGGUAGGAUGGAUACCUUCGAGGACACAGCACGUCGGCUGCGGGAGGCCUUCAGCUCAGGGCGGACCCAGCCUGCCGCGUUCAGGGUGGCACAACUGGAGGGCCUGAGCCGCUUCCUACAGGAAAACAGGCAGCUGCUGCAAGACGCGCUGGCCCAGGACCUGCAUAAGUCUGCCUUCGAGUCAGAGAUAUCUGAGAUCACCAUUAGCCAAGGUGAGGUGGACUUGGCCCUCAGGAACCUUCGGGCCUGGAUGAAGGACCAGAAGGUGCCCAAGAACCUGGCCACCCAACUAGACUCGGCCUUCAUCCGGAAGGAGCCCUUUGGCCUGGUGCUCAUCAUCGCCCCCUGGAACUACCCUCUGAAUCUGACCCUGGUGCCUCUGGUGGGGGCCAUAGCGGCAGGCAACUGUGUGGUGCUGAAGCCUUCGGAGAUCAGCAAAAGCAUCGAGAAGAUCCUGGCUGAGGUACUGCCCCGCUACCUGGACCAGAGCUGCUUUGCCGUAGCAUUGGGCGGGCCAGAGGAGACAGCACGGCUGCUGGAGCACAGAUUCGAUUACAUCUUUUUCACAGGGAGCCCUCAUGUAGGCAAGAUUGUCAUGACUGCUGCUGCCAAGCACCUGACGCCCGUCACCCUGGAGCUGGGGGGCAAGAACCCCUGCUACGUGGAUGACAACUGUGACCCCCAGACUGUGGCCAACCGCCUGGCUUGGUUCCGCUACUUCAACACCGGCCAGACCUGUGUGGCGCCUGAUUACGUCCUGUGCAGCCCAGACAUGCAGGAGCGGCUGCUUCCUGCUUUACAGAACGCCAUCACCCGUUUCUAUGGCGAUGACCCCCAGAACUCCCCCAACCUGGGCCGCAUCAUCAACCAGAAACAUUUCAAGCGGCUCCAGGAACUGCUGAACUGUGGCCGCGUGGCCAUCGGAGGACAGAGUGACGAGAGCAAUCUCUAUAUCGCACCCACAGUGCUGGUGGAUGUGCAGGAGACAGAUAAGGUGAUGCAGGAGGAAAUCUUCGGGCCCAUCCUGCCCCUGAUGACUGUGAGGAGCCUGGACGAGGCCAUCAACUUCAUCAACCAUCGGGAGAAGCCGCUGGCCCUGUACGCCUUCUCCAACAACAGCCAGGUGAUCAAACAGGUGCUGGCCCGGACCAGCAGCGGGGGAUUCUGUGGGAAUGAUGGCUUCAUGCACAUGACCCUGGCCAGCCUGCCCUUUGGAGGAGUCGGUGCCAGUGGGAUGGGCAGUUACCAUGGCAAGUUCUCCUUUGACACCUUCUCCCACCACCGCGCCUGCCUGCUCCGCAGCCCUGGGAUGGAGAAGAUCAAUGAGCUCCGCUACCCACCCUACUCAUCAAGAAACCUGAGGGUGUUGCUGAUGGCCAUGGAAGAACGCAGCUGCAGCUGCACGCUGCUCUGAGUCUGUGGGCACCAGGUGCCCACCCUACUCCCUACCAGCUGUGGCAGAUAUGGCCUGGGAUCCAAAGCACAAGGACACUUGCCAGGCAACAAAACAGUCUGCUUAGCACAGAGCAAUGCCCGCCUUCCUCCCUCUUGGGGUUCCCUCUUUGGGCCUUCAGCUGCCCCCCAACUAGGCUAAGCUGAGUGAGAACAUGGGACGGAUGUGCAGUGACAGUGACCUGUUCCCUUCCUUCUGCACCAACCAUCCAUAUCCUAGAAGAGGUGCAGCAGAGGAGCCCUGUCACACCUUGGAACCUGUGUGUGACUGUGCCAUCCCUGUCUUCUCUAAGCCCAUUUCCUCAGCUGUGCACUAGAACUAGGGGUGAUGAACAAGUGAUACCUCCUGAGACUAUAUGAGGAUUAAAUUAGGGAGGUGCAGACACCAAGCUCCUGAUACCCUGUCUCUUCUCCCUGGAGUGUGCCGCCGCCUUCUCUCAUCAGGUGGGCCCCUCCACGGGCCUCUCAGGACCUCCCCACACCUUGUCCUCAGGAGGUCUCAGGGCUCUCAUUGUUUCUGCCACCAAAGCCAAAAUCCCGGGCUUGACAACCAAAUUCCAUCUUUGAGCAAAUCCUGCUGAUACUGUUGGGCCCAGGAAUGUUCCGAUGCAUACUCAAUCACAAUGCUGGGGCAGGCCUGGUGCAAGCCACCACCCAUUACCUCCCUUCUUCCCUUCGCCCGGGCCCGCUCCCCUGUGAACACUGAUCUCCCCAAAGCAAGCUGAACCAUCCCACUCCUCUACCUGAGACCCCUCGGGGCUCCCUUGACCCAUAGGUCUCGCAGUCCUUGGGAGGCUCUAUCUCUCUAGGGACACGUAACAGCCCUGCACUCAGUCUGUUCUUGUCCGGAGGACCUCUACACAUGCUGCACAUGCCCUCUUCAUUCUCCCUGGCCUGCUCAAGUGCUACUCAUCCUCACCCAAGUCAGCGCCUCCUCCAAGAAGCCUUUCCUGACCACCACCCCUCAACAUCACACACUGACUGACUCAGGGGCGUCUCAGAGCCCGCAGUCCCCGGGGGCUCCUCUACCACAAACACAAGCGAGGAAAUAGGCGGGUGGAGAGACGAGCUCCCAAGCCAUACGGAUCCAGGCGCAGAACAGGGUCGCACCGCGCGACUGGCCGGCUUGACAUGUCCUUGCCUCAUUUCAUCUGGAAAGUGAUAAUGAUUCUCCCACAUGGGGAGAACCGUGAGGACUAGAUUAAGUUACAAGGACAGUGUCUGGGUGGAGAGUCGCUACAUCGGAUCCUCUUUGGGGUCCUGACGCCGCUCUCAGAGACAGCCCGGCCGCCCUGCCCUCUGCACCGGGAACUACUUUCAAAGGCACGCCUCGGAAGUCCCGCCUCCAGCGGCUCGGAGGUCUUCGCGAAUUGGCCUCUGUGAUCCAAUAUGGCGGCGCCCUCCAAAGCUUCAAGCGCUUACUUUCUCUCAG